AUGCAGCCGAGCCGCCCGACCGCCGAGCCGCCCAGCAGCCGAGCCGCCGAGCCGCAUCGCAACCGAGGCGUUGCCGCCCGUCGGCCUGCCCGGGACCGCCCCACUUGCCUGGUAAGAGCAGCGUCUCUGCCACUGCACUGCUCUGCCCCACUAUACUCACUCCCUGUCUACUACUUCACCCGGCUCCCUGACUCUCUCCGCGAAGUCAGGGACCACUUCCUCUCAAUUUGCCCCACCACUCUCACCGUUGACCUCCUCGAGAAGGCCCUCCUAGCGGUAGAGAAGAGCAUAGUCGCUGUAGGAGCCUCUCGUGGUGACCCUCGCACCCCCGUCUUUGAGGGGUGUUCUCCCUCCCCCCUCUUGUCCUCUAUUGCCUCUACUGCUGCGGCCGACCUUGUUGGUUUCGAGUCGGUCGGCGCUACGUCUACCCUGAGCGGGAGACGCCGCACCGGCAAGGGCAAGGGGGGCAAGGGCGCUGGAGGGGUUGGCGGGGGCGGUGGAGGUGGUGGUGGAGGCAGUGGAGGGAGUGGGGGUGGUGGUGGGAGUGGUGCCGGGGGUGGCGGCGGCGGCGGCAGCAGUGGAGGCGGCGGAGGCGGUGGUGGUGGCGGAGGGAGCGGAGGAGGCGGAGGUGGCGGAGGAGGCGGAGGUGGAGGAGGCGGCGGAGGCGGCGGGGGCGGUGGCGGCGUUGGAGCGGGUCGCGACUCUGCGCAGAGGAGUGGCUCACGUGGUGGUCCGCGCCAGCAGGAGCGGAGUGGUGUGACCCUGUCCCCUCAACAGCUUCGUGACUGGUACACUGCGCGUCACCGCGGUGGGGGUUUUGGUCCCUGCACUUACGUCAUCCGUACCGGCGACCGAGCUGGUGAGCAGUGCGGGGGCCCGCACUCCACCCAGCGCUGCUUCAGUCGCCUGACGGACGCGUGGCGUCACCAGUUCCAUGAGGCGUUAGAGAUCCCUCGCUGGGGAGAUCCGUCUAGGGCGGGGGUUGCCAUCUUUGAUCUUGACUAUGAUGCUAUCCUUCCUGCCAGGUAUUCUGUGACUACUAGUAUUGAGGGUGACUGUUACCUGUGUGUACCGCAUGGCCCGGGCAUUGAGGCCACUGCUCUAGGUGCUGGUGAGGCUGCUGCUCUAGGUGCUAGUGCGUCUGCUGCCUUAGGUGCCAGUGCGUCUGCUGCCCCAGGUGCCAGUGCGUCUGCUGCCCCAGGUGCUGGUGUGUCUGCUCUCUCAGGUACUACGUCGGCUCAGGCCUUCCACACCUGCACCCUUGACUUGGGUGCGUCCCGCUCCUUCUUUCGAGACCGCACCACUCUUACGCCGCUCAGUCGGCCGGUUGCAGUCUCCCUGGCACACCCCUCUGGGGGUCCUGUCCUUGCUAGCUUCUCCACUGUCUUACCGUGCCCAGCAGCCCCCUCUGGCACCCUGUCAGGUCUCUACCUCCCCUCGUUCUCUACGAACUUGGUGAGUGGAGCGGACCUACAGGAUAGGGGGGUUGACCUGUUCACUCAUGCGAGUCAGCGAGUGACCCACUGCACGUAUGCUCGGACAGGCCGACACUUGGCCACGUUCACCCGUCGGCCAGGGUCGAGCCUGUACACCCUUACUACUUAG